AUGGCGACGCUCCAAGAAAUUUUCUCACAGUUGGAUGGUGCAAGAUACUUCAGUGUACUGGAUGCUUCUUCAGCAUUUCUACAGAUACCGUUAUCAGAGAAUAGUUCUCGGUUAUGCACCAUUGCUACUCCUUUUGGCCGAUUUAGUUAUUGUAGACUACCUUUCGGAUUGAAUAGUUCCCCAGAGAUUUUCCAAAAAGCAAUGGACCAUGUAACCUGUGGAUUGGAGGGAGUGAGUGCAUACAUAGAUGACGUCCUAGUGUUUGGUAACUCAAAAGAAGAACAUGAUGAAAGACUGGCUGCUUUCUUAGAAAAGGCAAGAUAUUUUGGACUUAAGCUGUCUAAAGAAAAAAGCCAGAUUGGCCGUGAAAGUGUCCAAUAUCUAGGUCACAAACUUACUCCACAAGCAUUAAAGGAGGAGAUAACAAAGGUUCCUGUUUUGGCCUAUUUUGAUGGAAGAAAGAAGUCUACUUUGUCUGUAGAUGCUAGCAAAUUUGGCCUCGGGGCCGUUGUUUUUCAAAAUGACCAUCCUAUCGGCUACAGCUCUUCAGCUUUAACAGCAACUCAGCAAAGGUACAGCCAGAUUGAAAAAGAGCUUCUGGCAGUAGUAAAUGGUUGUAAAAAGUUCCACUAUUACCUAUAUGGAACAGACUUCACAAUAGAGACAGAUCACAAACCUCUACUUGGUCUUUUAAACAAACCUAUAGCAAGUCUAUCACCACGGCUUCAGAGAAUGAUGAUGGAACUGAUGAGAUACAAUUUUAAAUUAGUUCACGUACCGGGAAAAAAAAUGUUCAUUGCAGACUCCCUGUCGAGAGCUCCAAUAGAUGAACAUUUAAACACAAGUUAUCUGGACAACGGAGCUGAGGUAGUUUACUCCCUGGCAGUUUUUGCUAAUGACGAUGUAGUAAAUAGACAUAAAUAUGCUACAGAAAGGGAUGCCGCACUAAAGCAAGUACGUUUUUACAUAGAACAUGGAUGGCCUGAACACAAACAAAAUUGUGAUGACAAAGCUCACCCUUUUUGGGAAAAAAGGUAUCAAUUACAUUUAUACGAUGAUCUGAUAUAUAUGGAAGACCGACUUGUUAUUCCGAGUGAGCUGCGACCCGACAUGCUGAGGCAACUACACGCUUCACACCAAGGAAUUAAUUCGUGCCAAAACAGAGCACAGAUGGCUUGGUACUGGCCAGGAAUGAUGAGAGACAUAAAAAACACAGUAGACCAAUGUACAACAUGCCAGGAAUACCAAAGAUCAAACCCAAAAGAACCUCUUAAACCAUAUCCAGUGCCAGAAAUCCCAUGGGAAGAAAUUGGAGUUGAUUUCUUCAAAAUUAACAAAACCAAUCACAUGCUAGUGAUUGACUAUCAUUCCAAAUUUGUGGAAGUAAAGAAGAUGAGUACAACAACAGCUGAUUCAGUAACUGCAGGAUUGACACAGAUAUUUAGAUCUCAUGGCCUGCCUAAGAAAUUACACUCCGAUAAUGGCCCUCCGUUCGAUAGCCACAAGUUUUCCACGUUCACAGAAAGGUAUAAAAUUGAGCAUAUAACUUCGUCUCCGUACUACCCAAAAUCUAACGGGAUGGUGGAGAGGGCUAUACAAACUUUAAAGUCAAUGCUGUCUAAAACGCUAAAGACCAAGGGAGAUCCAAACCUGGCCAUAAUCGAUUACAAUAAUACUCCUAAAGCUAAUCUCAGAGCACCUGCUCAAAUGCUAAUGGGAAGACUACUAAAGACUGUUCUUCCUGCUACUAAAGAUUCCAUGAAACCACUCUUCCCUACCAAUGAAACAGUUCUAAAUUUGAAGCAAGCCCAAGAAAAACAAAAAACAUAUUAUGACAGAUCGGCUCAUCUACUUCCAGAAUUAAAGGAGGGCGAAGAAGUUUAUGUCCAAAAGGGAACUCGAGAAUGGGCAAAAGGAAAAGUUGUCAAGAAACACAAAAGCCCGAAUUCCUAUUUUGUACAAAUGGACAGCGGAGCAGUUUUCAGAAGAAACCGGUGCCAACUGAGACAAUUUAAAAUGGAAAAGAAAAAAGAUUGA